CUGCUCGUAAGUGCAUGGGUCCGUUGGAGGAGAGCGCACAGUCAUCGUUCUCUCUACCCGAGACCAACAAGGCCCUGGCCUUUGACAUGGGCGUGCGUCUGUGGCGCAUGGAGGUCGCUCUCGCCACGCGGAAGCUGCUGUCGCUAGGCCAUGCGUACGAGGUCCACUAUUCGCUGCCUCGCAGCCCCGUCACGAACCUGGCAUUGGCCACGCAUUUUGGCCUCUCGGUGUCUGCUCUCAUGGACUCUCACGUGUUUCGCGUACAGAAGACUGAGGCGCCCCGGUAUCCGAUGGAAUUUAUUGAUGAACUGGCUGAUGGAUACACUGAUCCCAUUUACACAAUCGAAUCGGAUGAUUUUUUAGUCGGCAUGGACGUACAAGAUUUCCUCCUCUGUCCCAGAAAACUCAAGCAGCUGCAUAAGGACGUAGCAGCAGUGGGAGCAGAGAUCAGGGUCAAGUACGAUCAGGACAGAUCUGCCAAAAGGACGGUGGUGCUGCGCUUUAUACGCAUGGGGAUGUCGGUGCAGCCCGAUCCGAGACAGGGACGCACUCCAGGACGCAUGCUACGUGCUCUAGAUGAGAUACUGAUACAUCACCAGCAGCUAGUAAAACGUUAUGAUGCGAUGAUUCAGCAGGAUCGAAUGGCAGUGCAACGACUGCACUCAGCAAAAAAAAUGCUGAUGUACGUCAAGACUUUCACUGGAGACACGCGAAAGACCUUGAUAGCGGAUAGGACCUUCCAGCUUACCGACAAGUUUCUGCAUUGGUAUGAUGCGAUCACGGCCGAAGAAGCUGAACAUUUAGUUUCUGUGGAAAAGGAUAUCGUCAUGGCCGAUGCGGAGGGGCUGGAACAGGCCGUUGAAGACAUGACGGUCGAUAUGCUACCAGGACGACCUGAAGACGAGAGCUACAACAGCAAACCUGCUUUAACACUGUGUCCGAAACACUCGCAACCAUCGAAGUCACGCCUCGCGAAAAGACGAGUAACAUUUGCAAUGGAUAUUGCUACACCUCAGCAGACUAGAGCAGCGAAGCAAAAUUUUACGUGUGCCAAUGCUCCAACGCCGUCCCUGGCUCCUUCCCCCGAGUAUCAGGAGAGACAACUGAGUGGUAUUGACACUGCUGCCAAACCCAGGACCUUCGGUUGUGACGAAGGCCGAUCGUAUCUACUGGCCUUGGUCUGUCCUAAUGUUGACAUUGUGUCAUCGAUUGAAGAGCUAUCUAGUGCUGCUCAAACUGUUCCAGUGCUGAAGAUGAGCAAGGACUUUACAUUGGCGGCAGGACUUAAGCUUCGGCGCGAGCUGAAGAAAGUUGGGGCUCAGUACAUCGCUCGCGUCCGUUUAGGGCAUUUAUCAUUCGAUUGCUCAGAUAAUGAAACCAGAAAGGUGAAGGAUGCGGCUUUCAACUAUCUCGUCGCUAAGAAGAUUGUGUGGUUUCACGAAAAACCUAGCCGGGAUCCUGACGAUGGUGUUUAUGAUAUAGUGGCGUACAUCCAAGAAUUUCCUCUCAUCUGUAGGCGAGGGUCAUCUUUCCCAAGCACGAAAAGCGAAGUUGUUGACGCACUUAUGGCGUUCCUGAUGGAAUUGAUCGAUCAAUAUGAGGAGAGCCUGAUGCGGGGCGGCGCAGAACAGAUCAAGAGUGAAUCUGAACCUGCUACCAGUGAAAGGACUCAGCCUCACCAAGAUAGCUCAUAUGAGCUCAAUGACGACGAUGAGAUGGCCAGUGUACACGAAAAUGGGUACGAUGGGAUGACCGAUAGACAAGAGAGCACCCGAAUCGCCGAAAACGGGGAGAGCAGGGACACAGAGCUAAGGUCUAUGGGUAUUUUGAAGAAGCGGCGCUAUGCCCCACAUGCAAAGGAGUAUUAUGAAGACGCGCGUGGUGCUCCUCGUCCUCGCAUAUCGUAUGCAGCACCAGAAUCACAAGCACCAGUGCAUGCACCACGCGAGGAAAGAAACACUGAGCGAGUUAAUGACAGUGCUGCAACGAAUCCAGCAAGCUUAUUUAUGGAGGACCGAAGCGGAUCAGAUAUUACCCGUGAUGCCCCCCCUGUCCGCUCCGAAGAUGAAGUCGCCAAGGCGAAGUCGGAUAUCUAUCAAGAGCUUUUAGUGCUUCUCUUCCGAGAUCGAGAAAAGGUUAUCGCAACCAUCAGAGCAAUUGUGUGGGAUCUGGGUGUCAGAUCGGAAAAAAUUCGGCUAUCGUCGAGUUUCACGGUAAACACUUGUACCUAA